CAGCCUUCUCAGUGCAGUGAGCAGUCAAGCAGUGUAUGCAUACUGUAUAUAUACCAAUUUGGGUGUGUCGGCUCGUAUAGUACACUAGUAUGUAAUGUACACAUACAUACAUGUACAGUCUGUACAUACAAGCCAGUAGUCUAGUUGGUUAGAUGCGGUUAAAUUUGUUGUAGUCGCUUGUAUUUUGUCUUAUAACUGCGAUUAUUUGUUGUUCCUGUAUAGAGAGCUAAAGAAUCAGAAUUUUGCCAUGAGUGGUCGGCGCUCCUUUUAAUCGCUAUGUCUAUACAAUGGUUUAGGACAAUAAAGAUAGGCUAUUUCGGCAUGAUACAUAAAGGUCCACGUCCAUUAGUACUCUGUGGCCCUUCGGGCACUGGAAAAAGUACUUUGAUAAAGCAAUUGUUUGAUGAAUUUCCUGACACCUUCAAAUUUUCGGUAUCUCAUACGACUAGAAUGCCACGGCCUGGCGAAGAAGAUGGAAUUCAUUAUCAUUUCACAAACAAAGAAAAAAUGCAAGAGCAAAUAAAAAAUGGCGAGUUUAUUGAAACUGCUACAUUUAGCGGAAAUCUAUAUGGGACGAGCAAACGAGCGAUCGAAGAGGUCCAACGUUUGGGAAAGAUAUGUGUAUUAGAUAUCGACAUACAAGGUGUAAAACAAAUAAAAUGUACCGAUCUCAAUCCUUUUUACGUAUUCAUAAAACCACCAUCCAUUGUGGAAUUGGAGCGACGAUUAAAGGCCAGAAAUACAGAAACUAAAGAAUCCUUGGAACGUAGAUUAUCGAUUGCCAGGUCUGAACUAGAAUAUGGUGAAACACCUGGUAACUUUGACGUUGUCAUAGUAAAUGAUAAUUUGGAAAAAGCGUAUGAGAUUUUACGCAAUUUUGUAUUAAGCAAUUAUCCACAUUGCCGUACAGAUGAGACAACAACCUAGUCGAGAAUUGAAGCCUAAUGGAUUCUUGGAUUACUCAUAUAUCUGGACACGAAUAACGAAUUGUUUCCGACGAAAUGUAUUUGCAAACUAUUGUGCAAAUUUGAUCCUGACACGUAAUUAAAAGGUGUGUACACAGACACACACACACACAACUUUUACAAAUUAAAACUAAUACGAGUUUUCAUGAAAUUUUGUGUGUGUGUGUAAAAAAAACAAAUUUAAAUUAAAGAAACUAAAGCUCCUAUGACUAAAUUAGAAAUAACUAAAUAGUGCCUAUGCGAGCCGACAUAGGUACUAUUUAGUUAUUUUCUGAUUCAUAUAUGUAUAUAAAACUAAGUAACACACACACACACACACACACCUUUACAUUCUUGCAUAUCUGUAAUUGCCAUGUUUUUAAUUGCAGAAACUAUCAUUCUCAUAGUAAUAAUAAUUGCAAUAGUUGCAUAUUCUACACUUUUACUACAUUAAGCCCAAUCUAGUGAUUUUAAGACAAGCAAGUGGCGUAGAAAGAAUACUUUUAUUCUUCAAUUUAGUACAUAAAUGUGUCAUAGCUAUUUUUUUUAAUCGAAUAAGAGAUCCAUUCUUUUAUAGGGAUGCAAAAAGACUUUUUUCGUUAAGAUAAGAAUUUUAGCUUAACGUUCAAGAAGUAACUCAAAGAAAUAAAAAUCAUAAAAUUAUAGAUGUAGCUAACUGAGACUAUUCACCAAAAAAGGUUGUGUUCCAGUAGACUAGGCUCUGUAAAAUAUUUGCGAUUUCAUCCUUGUAUUUAUCUGCAUGAUUGACAUAGAAGAAUGUAGUUACUUCUGGUUUACAUUACGAUGAGCAUUUCGUAUGAGCAUCCCAAGUAACUUAGGAUUACGAUUAUAGAACGAGUUAUAUGUAAACAUUCCUCUAACAUCUUUAUGGUUAAUAGAUAAUUAUUAGGAGUGUACAGGAAAAACAUUUCUUAAAUUAGAGACAUCCGCACGCUUGUUUCACUGUGCGUACAAUCCGAGGUCUGUAAUUAUUUGUAGUUGGAUUAAAAAUUGAUAAAAGAUUAUAUAUAAAAUGUAUUUUCAUCGAGUCUGUGUGAUUAAUGUAGAAAAAUGUAACGAUUGAAUCAUUAACUAAGUUGCGCUAAUCUAAUUGAAUUAAAUUCGUCUUUGCGUAAUAAAAUGACAUAUUAGACAAAGAGAGCUUUUUUACGUAUUGUUAGAAUUAACCGCGAUACAACUAACAAACUCGUAAAAAUAAGUAACAGAAAAUGUUUUUAGUAUAAGUAAGCUAUAAAGAUAUAAUAUAUAUAAUUGUUGCAUGUACAUUGUUCAAGAUAUAUUCAAUAAAUAGUGCGUUUGAGAUGAUACAA